AUGGCCGAGAUGGGCUCUCCCGUGCCCAGGGCUGCCCUUCCCUGCCUGGGUCUGAUCCUGCUUCUCUGGAGCCAGAGGCCAGGGGUCCAGGGCCAAGAAUUCCAAUUUGGACCCUGCCGAGUGGAAGGUAUAGUUCUCCAGGAACUAUGGGAGGCCUUCUGGGACAUGAAGGAUGUUGUGCAAGCUCAGGAUAACGUCACGAAUGUCCGGCUGCUGCGGAAGGAGGUUCUGCAGAAUGUCUCGGAGGCUGAAAGCUGCUACCUCAUCCAUUCCCUGCUGAAGUUCUACUUGAACACCAUCUUCAAAAACUACCGUGAAAAGGCAGUUAAGUUCAGGAUCCUGAGGUCAUUCUCUACUCUGGCCAACAACUUUGUGGUCAUCAUGUCAAAACUGCAACCCAGUCAGGAAAAUGAGAUGUUUUCCAUCAGUGAGAAUGCACGCAGGCGUUUUCUGCUAUUCCAGCGAGCAUUUAAACAGUUGGACAGAGAAGUGGCUCUGACCAAAGCCUUUGGAGAAAUGGACAUUCUCUUGACCUGGAUGGAGACAUUCUACCAGCGCUGAAGGCCUAGACCAGGAAACCCUCCUUGUUCUCCGUGUCAUUUCAAAUGGGUGUCCCUUUCCGUGAUGUUCUCUGGGCACUUCACAUCCUUGACCAUGGGUCCUGUUCUUGGCCAAGGCUUAUCCUCAAAGAUUUUGUUCUUUAAGUGGCCCCACCAACCAGUCAUGGGAGGUGUCCCUC